UGUGAACUGAUAGGCUGAUGCACGAACUCCCGCAAUCUCUUACUUAAUACCCAGCAAUGGUUCAUAAAAUGAUUUCCAUCAAUCUUGGACUUUUGGAGAAAACAGUUGUACUUUUCUCCAUCUGCAUAUUAUUCUAUUCAACACAUGGAGAUGGCAAGCCACUGGGCAAAAGGGCUAUCAAUGAAGUCCAGCUUAUGCACAACCUCGGGGUGCAUAAACAUGCGGAACUGAGGCAAGACUGGCUUCAGAUGAAACUUCGGGAAAUCCACACGGCCUCAGAGAAGAACAACGAAGGGAAAACAGGACUUCUUUCAGAUAUCAUUCCCAAUCUGAAGGAUCUAAAUCCAAGGGAAGCAGAAGAUAUCAUUGCAGUUUUGGAAAAACUUAUGAACCCGUCGUAAAAACAGAAUUUGAUUCAUGUGAACUCAGGGACUGAAGUCAAGCCAUUCUUUUCAGCCUUAAUUCUAUUAACAAUAUUUAUUUUUUUUCUAUACAAAAUGUAUUUAUAUUUUUUAUGUAGUUUCCAUCAUUUUUAGCGGCUAAGCCGUGACAGCUCAAAGCUCUUUUAUGUAUUUAUUCGUUAUUUGAUCGUAACAUAGGCUAGAUCUAUUAACUGAACCCAGAAAAAAGUAAAGGAGCAGUCGGACCAAAUGUUUUUUUUUUUUUUAAGAAAAAAA